CUCUCUCUUUCUGAGUGCAGGAUAAUACCUGAAUCUGCACACUCAGCUUAUGACAAAGCUUGUCAAUAUUUCAAAAUCAAAUUGUGGCGUGUUCCCGUGAAUAAGGAAUUUCAAGCAGAUAUUAAAGCUAUCAAGAAAUAUAUCAACAAAAACACCAUAAUGAUUGUUGGAUCGGCUCCUGGUUUUCCACAUGGAAUCAUUGACCCAAUUGAGGAGCUCGGUGAAUUAGCAGUUAGUUACGGGAUUUGUCUGCAUGUAGACCUUUGUCUUGGUGGUUUUGUGUUACCUUUUGCACGCAAACUCGGGUACCCAAUUCCACCAUUUGAUUUUACAGUUCAAGGAGUGACCUCUAUAUCAGCAGAUGUUCAUAAGUAUGGGUUGGCACCCAAAGGGACUAGUAUAGUUUUAUACAGAAAUCAUGAUAUUCGGAAGCAUCAGUUUGUUGCUGUUACCGAGUGGUCUGGUGGUCUAUAUGUAUCUCCAACAAUUGCUGGUAGCCGGCCUGGAAACGUGAUUGCCGGAGCUUGGGCAGCUAUGAUUUCAUUAGGGCAAGAAGGUUACCUUGAGCACACAAGAGAGAUAAUGGAAGCAUCAAAGAGGAUACAACAAGGAGUGAAAGAGAUCCCCGAAUUGUUUAUCGUUGGAAGGCCAGAUAUGACAAUUGUGGCGUUUGGCUCUAAUGUAAUUGACAUAUUUGAAGUGAAUGACAUAUUGUCCUCUAAAGGCUGGCAUUUAAGUCCCUUGCAGAGACCCAACAGCAUUCAUAUCUGUGUGACCCUUCAACAUGUGCCUGUUGUUGAUGAAUUCCUCAACGAUUUAAAGGAUUCAGUGCAAACUGUGAAAAAGAAUCCCGGGCCAAUAAGCGGAGGACUUGCGCCGAUAUAUGGUGCAGCCGGGAAGAUUCCGGAUAGAGGUAUGGUUAGUGAAUUACUGGUAGACUACAUGGAUAAUGCAUGCUAAUAUGAUUCUUGGGGUGUUUGGAUCCACUUAUCUGUCAAAAGCUUUUGAAGGAAAGGAUAGUGGAAAUUGUGUGUUGAUGAUAUGUAAACUGUUUUAUACUAGUUUGUAGAUGUAUAUGUUAAAGUAAUUCAAAUACCAUCUUUUUUUUAACCCUGAAUUUGCAAGUGUUGGUUGAAUUGAAAAUCUUGUUUUUUGACCAUGGAAA